AUGACAAUUAUCUAUCUAUCUAUCUAUCUAUCUAUCUAUCUAUCUAUCUAUCUAUCUAUCUAUCUAUCUCAGUCUGUUCAUAUCUAUCGAUUUAUCACAGUAAGGGCACAUGACAAUUAUCUAUCUAUCUAUCUCAGUCUGUUCAUAUCUAUCGAUCUAUCACAGUCUGUUGAUUAUCUAUCUAUCUAUCUAUCUAUCUAUCUAUCUAUCUAUAUCUAUCAUGAUCCAUUCUGUAGUUAUAGUCUGUUCAUAUCUAUCGAUCUAUCACAGUCUGUUGAUUAUCUAUCUAUCUAUCUAUUUAUCUAUCUAUCUAUCUAUCUAUCUAUCUAUCUAUCUGUCAUGAUCCAUUCUGUAGUUAUAGCACCCAUGACAAUUAUCUCUCUCUCUCUCUCUCUCUAUCUAUCUAUCUAUCUAUCUAUCUAUCUCAGUCUGUUCAUAUCUAUCGAUUUAUCACAGUCUGUUGAUUAUCUAUCUAUCUAUCUAUCUAUCUAUCUAUCUAUCUAUCUAUCUAUCUAUCUAUCUAUCUAUCUAUCUGUCAUGGUCCAGUAUGUAUUUAAACAUUUAAAGCAACCCCGCUCAGCACACAGCAGUGAUGUUCAUUCACUACUCCAUGUGCUCGGAAGUACAGUCCAUCAUCAUUCAUAUUAUAUUAUUUUCGCACAUUGA